UCUAUAUCAUUACCAUUCGAUAAUGCUCAACAGCUGGACAAAAUGCAUACUUUUAUCUAAAAUGGCGGACGUCGCCGGCAGGAGUCAUGGCAGCCCGUGCAAAAGUCAGGCGAAUCUGAUAUUUCCUCUAUAGACUUUGCCCUUUCGUUUUCUCUUGGCAUAGUUCAGGUUUCAAACGAUUGCAGGUCAACACCAAAGGUAGGGCACGGCCAAGGUGGACUGUCUUAACCUCGUCUGUUUCACCAUCUCCGAAGAACUUCCUACUUUAUCUUGGCCAGUUAUUUUAGUAUUUCGUCAAGAUGUGACCGCGUGUAAAAAGCAUCUCUGUUAAGUGUUCAAGGUGAAUCAAGCUGUUCGGCUAAGAGUGAGGACACCAAGGAGGAUUUAAACCAAGUGAAUAAGGUCGUAUAUGAAGAUUAGCUAUUGAAGCCGUCAAAAUGACAGAUAAAGAAAUCGAACUGAGGGAAGUGAGUAACCCCGGGUACAAUAAAACACACAGCAAGGAUGGGACGUUAUCUGCUAACGGCACGAUCCACCAGGACCCAGUCGCGGAGUUGCCGCUACCGAUUUUAAAGCAGCACAAACGCAAGAUCUUGAAGAACCUGGCGGUGCUGAGUCUGGCCUGGCUCUUCCUGUUCACGGGGUAUGGCGCCAUACAGAAUUUACAGAGCAGCCUCAAUAAGGACGAGGGCUUAGGUACUGUGAGUGUGAGCGUCAUCUACGGCUCCCUCGUCCUUUCCUGUAUGUUCAUACCCCCAGUCCUCAUAGACGCCCUGGGCUAUAAGUGGACCAUCAUCGGCUCCAUGUUCUGCUAUCUGGUCUACAUGUUGGCAAACUUCUACGCGAGUUGGUACACCCUUAUUCCUGGCGCGAUCAUCCUGGGCCUCGGGGCGGCGCCGGCCUGGGCGGCGAAGUGCGCGUAUCUCACCAACACGGGCAAGGAGUAUGCGCAGCUCACAAAGGACACGGAUGCGGCAGUCAUCACGAGGUUCUUUGGGAUAUUCUUCAUGGUGUUUCAGUUAACACAAGUAAUUGGCAAUGCUAUCUCAUCUACCGUCCUGAGUGUCCCCCUCAACCCCGAAUCCAACAGCACAGGGAACUUCUCCAUCAUUCAUGAAAUAGAAGAUGAGAUAUUAGAGCAAUGCGGGGCCCAGUACUGCCAGGACAUCACCAAUAACACCAACCUCAAGAGGCCUGAUGACCGACAGGUGUAUCUCCUGAUGGGCAUAUACUUUGCCCUAGGCGUCCUCGCCAUCAUGAUUAUCUGGAUCUUCCUAGACCACGUUGACAACCAACAAUCCGACUCGGCGAGCACGGAUGGAGACGGCAAGAGGCCGAGAUGUUCCCCCGCGCUCCUGGUUGCCACAUUUCGUCACCUCAGGCAUCCGAACCAGUUGUUUAUUAUACCGCUGACUAUCUACAGUGGAUUAGAACAGGGAUUUAUGAGCGGGGAUUUCACAAAGUCUUACGUGAGCUGUGCCUUAGGUAUCAACAUGGUCGGCUUCGUCAUGAUUUGUUACGGCGUGUCCGACUCACUCUUCUCGUUUCUAUCGGGGAAGGUCGUCAAAUAUAUCGGGCGGCCCGCUUGCUUCUGGGCAGGCGCUGUUGUCCACUUCUGUGUGCAGGUCGCCCUCGUCUACUGGAAACCCAUUCCGGAACAACUGCCUGUCUUUUUCGUCCUCGCUGCUCUUUGGGGAUUGUCUGAUGCGAUCUGGCAAACUCAGAUAAACGCUCUCUACGGCUGUAUCUUUUCUGAAGAUGAACAAGAGGCCGCCUUUGCCAACUACCGAAUGUGGGAAUCUGUCGGCUUCAUCAUGGCAUUUGCCUACUCCAGUUACAUCUGUACCAACAUGAAACUCUUCAUCCUUCUAUCUGUACUCGGCGCCGGCAUGAUCGGAUAUACGAUCAUCGAGAUCAAGGAAUGUAAACGAGAGAGGAAUUCAGCAGCGCUGGAGAUGUAGGACGAGGUGGAGGAGGAUAGUUAGACGGACCAUGUUUACUUGUUCUAUCAGUGUAAGGGGAGAUUAAACAUGACGACGAUCAGCCAGCAAGCAAUCUACCUGCACGGUGGAGAAGUUGAAGGGCAUCGUGGAAGAUACUGUGUUGUCUUAUCCUGGGAUUCUGGUUGUGAACUUGGGACGCACUUAUUAUACAUGUACAUAGAGUGGUUGAAUAAAAUAAUGGUUACU